GCAUUGUGUUGUGAUCAGUUUUGUGAUGAAGAUGAGGGUGUAAUCAAAGUGUUUAGAGUGUCUUUUUCCAUGUUAUUCAACAUUAUUCCAGAAAGAAAGAAAUUUUUUUUUGAAUAAUGUCACUCUUCAAAGCAAAUGAGGUCUUGGGAAAAUUGUAUUCCCGUUAUUUGAUUUCGCUGCCAUCGUUUAAUCUUUCAAAAACACAAAAGAUAUUAAUUAUUUGUUUCACUGGUGGAACAUUAUUAUUAGGCAGUUUGGCGCAGUUUUUAAAAAGAAGGAGAAGACACCCUUUACCUUCAUCACGUAAAAGUAUCAGGGAUGCUAGGCAUAGAUUUAUGAAUUCAAAGGCUUCUAAUUUCGAUGCAGUUUCUCAAGUUUCAUGGGCGAGGAGAAGUGAAGCCAGUACACGGAGUCAUAUUAGUGAUAGAGCUUCUUUAAUUUCAUCAAUACCUAAUGGACCUGAUGGAGAUGUGCGACUCACGCCCCAACAAUAUGGUGUACUGGGGCUGGAGGCACUGGAAAAGGCACUUUAUUGCUGGGAGGAUGCUCUUACUGCAUUUAGUUCGGCUUUGAACAACGAUACUUUGGCAUUACCAUCAAAAGCCGAUGCGGCAUUCACUCACGAUGUUCAAGAAUUACUCGAUUUGGGAUAUCAAGUGCAGAACAAUGCAGAACUUCUCUUUAUUGAUCAGCAUUCUGUACUUUUUCGAAAUGACACUGAAAGUGAAGAAAGUCACAAACCCUCGACAGUGGGGACUCAUCGUUUGUCGACAAUUAAAGAUAAACCUGAGGCUGCAUCCUCACCGGAAUCGUUUGCAUCAGCGAGGGACGGUGUUGCAGAUCUACGUGAAUUUGAAGAGUUUGCCGAAUUCUUUCCACAUUUUGAAAAACAGAAACUUUAUCACGCUGCUCUAAAACAACACGAGGAUAAAGGCGUCACAUGUCGUCGACUUCACACGGAGUUGGUGAAAUGUGGCUCAGACGUUGAAUAUUUAGCAAAAGUGCAUUGUUUACGGCAGGCGUACUCGAAACUUUUUGGUUGGCCUGCUGCAGCAGCUUGGAUUGCAGACGUAGGACGGCAACUUAUAAGUGAUUUAAUUAUCUUCGCUGAUAAGGAUCCCAAAGAUUAUUUAGUCCAUUACGAACGAAUGAUGGUGUUUUUGCAAGAUAAAAAGAAUUACAGUACAAUGCAAGAGGAAUUAUCUGGGAGAGGUGUUUUGUGUUUAAAUUUCUAUGACGUUCUCAUUGAUUUCAUACUUCUCGAUGCUUUCGAGGAAGUGGAUAAACCUCCGUCUUCUAUUAAAGCUAUUCUUCAAAAUCGUUGGAUAUCCGCCAGUUUCAGGGAAACGGCGAUAGGCACUGCCGUGUGGUCCGUUCUUGUGGGCAAAAGACAAAUGCUUAAAUACGAUAAAGGAUUUUUGGCACAUUUUUAUUCAAUAUCAGAACAAGUCUCGCCAGUUUUGAUUUGGGGAUUUCUAGGACCAGAAGGAAGUUUACGAUCAACUUGCCAGUAUUUCAGGGAUCAGGUUAUAGAAUUUCUAGUAGAUAUUUUCAAUUUUUUUAAAGUUAGAUAUACGACUGUCGAUAGUCUUGCUGAAGAUAUACUCAGAGAGAUGAAGGUUCGAGUUGAAAAUAUUAAUCAGAGACUCUCGUUGGAAGGUUGUUGAAAAAAUGGAAAAAAAUUUCUAUAGUAUUCUAUAAAAAAAUUGUCUUAUUCUAGGAUGAUAGCUUUCUUUCCUAAAUAAUUCAUAAAUUACAGAAAAAACAGAAUAGUUUACGACUUAUAAAUAAUUAAUUUGUCAAUGAAGAGUUUGAUUUUUUUUUAAUUUCUUUUUUUUGAAACAAUCUAGUUUAUGGAUUUAUUAAUUGUUUGUGUAACAAAUGAAAAAUUUGUGUAUUGUAUAGAAUUUUUGUUUUUUGUAUGUUUCUUUUUUGUAAGUAAAUAUAAAACUGACGAUAAUAAUCUUUCUAA